AUGGCAGAAAACAAAGCCAGAAGAACGAUCAAGCUGUUCUGCCCAUCAGUGGCAAAGACGGUGUCGUUGUUGGUAUGGGAGGAGCAGAGGCUGGACUUGGGCUCCAUAGCCAGAACGUUUGGGCUGGACCCACCAACCCUGAAGCUCAACGGUCACUUUAUCAGCAGAGGGCUCGACCUCAUCGCCUCCUCAGUCACCUGGAAGUCCCUCCUUUCUUUCUUCUCUGCUAAAGGACUCUCAACAGGGGAAAACGACAGCAACCCCAUUGUCGUUGAUGGCAAGCUCUGCAAAGUUGGCACCAAGCGAGGACAUGAACUACACGAGGUCGUUGAUAACAGAGGAAGGGCAGCUUUUGAAGAUGACAGCUUGCUGAUCAAGAGUAAAAAGAUGAGGAAAAGCAACCCAGGUCCAUCAACUGAAAGCAAUGGCAGAAUUGGUAUUUGCUCUUCCAAGAGAAAGCAAUUGUUAGAAGAUGUAAACUUGCUCAAAAAGCUAAAAAUAAGUGAAACUAACCCAGAUAUCCAAGGAAGAAGUAAAAGCCAGUCCAGCAGCAUCUCAGGUGCCCAACUUAGAUGCAGUUACAUGAGGGGGAAGAUGAAGAGGAAUAGAGAAGAUGAGGCAGUCGCGUCUACUCCUUACAAAGAGAUUAUAUGA